AUGGAGCUUCUGGAAUCCCUCAUUGCACUCGCAGAGAUGCGGCCACACCAGAUCAGAGAGUACAUAUCUACAGGCCGAAAACGGCUAAUGGAUGCAGUUCACGAUGGCCUGACUCCGUAUCAACGUACAGCAAUCACAAUCCAGAUCGAUGAACUACAAAGACACAGGCUUCGACAGUUUCGACUACUUGAUUUCCUUCUUGGCUUAUCGACAGCCGAUUCCUCUGUCUCAACGGCACUUCCUAUCUAUGCUUAUAAUAACCUUGCUAAGAGCAGUAUCGAAGCAAGCACAAGUAGGGAGCCGAGCGACCUUUCCUCGAGCAACGACUCUUUCUCGGACGUCUCUUUGAGUGUAGCAAACCAAUACGUUAUGUUUAGAUGCUUACGCAAUGGCGUAACACACUACAGAUCAGAGUACGUCCUGCAUCUUCUGGGCAAGUCUGUCUCACUAAGAAGACGCUACGGACGGCGCUUUCUACUUCCUUAUCGGUUUUUCUAUAGCCAACACGAGGACACUGUCCAUAUGUUUCUUUCUUUACGGGAUUACAUGGUUCUUUUACCGUUAGAAGUUAUUCUAGAGAACUUUGCAAUCGCACGCUACCACCUCUUUGCAAAUCUGUUCUGCUUCUUUAUCAAAGAUCUCUUGGAUGUGAUGGCGCUUUUUCAUGAGCAUGAGAUUGUGCUCAGCGGGGAUCUAUCUCAUCUAUGCGUUGAUAGACUCUCUGGGAGAAUAAAGCUUAACCUGUGUACGUAUUCUGUCCCAAUACCUCGUAGUUAUCAUGCUGGAGUAGAAGAGGAUCUGCGUGCCGUUGCCAACCUAAUUCUUCGAUACACCCAUGACUCUACGCUUUAUCCCAUAUCCGAUGUGCAAAAGCAGUUACUCCAGAUUGCCUAUUCCAUACAUCAAUCAGUAAGCCAAGAUCACAGUGAUCAGUUCCUUGUGAUUCCUAAUCUAUCUGAUGUCGCCAAAUGUCUAGCUCAGCACCCUGUGUUCUUUAGUAACGCGUAUCCUUCGAUCUCUAUUAUUAACACGGACGUAGUGGCGGUCUUUACUACUGCGCAAGAGCUCAGUAAGGAAAUGCAGGUUGCCUCAAUUGAUGAAACUGCCGAUUCUAUCUAUCCUUUAGCAGAUAGCACCCCUAGGGCAGAUGCUUCCCUGUCACGGUCACCAGGAAGUCAGCAUGAUUUUGAUAACUGGUUUACUACUGCCUCUUAUCAACCUCUGCCACCUAUAGGCGCCAUGCUUCUGGGAAGUAACGCUGCUGCUACACCAGCCACGCGGUCACGUACACAGGGCCCUGAGUCUUUAGAAAUAGAGAUGCUUGGUGACAGCCCGGUACAUUUCGAGAGCACGUCAUCAACUAUUGAGUCAUCAACUACCGGACUAUCGCCUGAGCCUCGUCUGAAUCUCGAGUUACAAGUAGGACCGCCUCCCCCUAUUCUCUCGACAGCAAUGCGAAUCAGUGAUCGCUAUACGCACAGUUGGAGAACUGUAGAAAGACUUAAGAGGGAAACUACAAAGACCAACGUAGAAGAAAACAGAGAAGGGCCGCACAAUAUACACUGUUGCGCUAAGACUAGUGAACAGUGCCUACCACCAGGGAAGCUUUUUCCGGUAGCAGUGCCCCAAUUCCCCGUAUCUGCCAUAUCGAUCAUUCAGGCACCGUCUCCUCAGCCUCAACCUCUGCAUCAACGAGCCGCCUCGAAUCCACCACCUUCCAACACGAUCACAAGACUCCAGAUUGCAAAUCCAAACACCAGUCCCAUAAGUUGGUCUCAUGUGCCUACCAAUGUACCCCCUGGGAAAGGCAGAAAGGCAUCGUUUGGAGGGAGUGUACUGACAACGAAGAUCUCACGUGGUGAGCAUAGAAGCAAAAGUCAGCCUACUCCGGCUAUAGCGCCGAUUUCGAGAACAAUCUACACACUGAACAUUGGAACAGAGGCACCAGCACGCAAACCAGCGCAAUUCCUUCCUCUGAAACAAUCUAUUCCUAUAGAAGCCCGGCCUGAGCCUCAGGCAAAAGGUAUAGCUGGAUUGACAACAGUGGCGCCCCCUGCGUUCCCGUCAGCUUCAGGACAAGCCUUUCGAAGACAUUCUCAUAGCGCAGCUCCACCUCUCUCACAAACUGAGGUUACCGAAAGCAUUUCUAAAGCCCUAGGCCCAAAGGUACCAUAUCAAUAUACGCGCAAUCCGGUAUCUGUAGCGCAUCAGCCCACGCUCUCAAGGUCUCUCAGUGCUCAACCACGUGCAAGUACUACGGAAGACGUGGAAGACUAUGACGUUCUAUACUCACGGGUUACUCUUCAUGCGCCAAAGUUCGCAGAACCUGUACGGCGUGUAUUGAUAGAGAGAAACUUCAGUAUCGCCGCAUCUGCUCCAAAGGCCACCAAGGAUAUCAACCCAAUCGAGGAGCUGAAUCAGGCGCUUGUAAAUUAUUGGUGA